AACCGCUCAGGCGCUGCCUUUCCUCGCCUAGAGUUUGCAAAAAAUACCAACGCCCGGCCUCUCUCGUUGAAGUUCUGCUUAAUUGGUGCGAGGCGGAGCUCUUCUAGCAAGUACUUUCUAGGUAAUCAGCCAAUCCGUGUGCUAUUUUCAGCUUUCUCGGCUUCAUCACCCGCGGCCGCGAGGCUGUGUUGAUUGUCAGGUCUUUGUGGCGAGCUGGUUCCGCACCGCAGUUUCCCAGCCCGCGGCGCCUAAUCCACUUGCUUGCUUCUCCCUCCCUUCUCCCCCGGGUUUAGCACUGCUGGGAACGCCCGAGCAGAGACUGCGGCUCCCGCCUUCUUCCAUUGAGAAUUUAUGCUUUAUGUUUUCAUUUUCUCUACAUCUUGUAAAAAAAAAAAAAAAGCAACUUUUUAUUUUUCAAGAAGCAAACGAAGUACUUAACUGCAGAAGAAAGUAAACGGCAGAGCGCUGGGUGCCGGGGGACGCCGGAGAAUUCCGGAGCCAGCUGGAGCCAAGUGCGGGCUUUCUUCCCCGCGCCCGCCGGGCGGGGAGGCUAUUGUGAUGGUAAAUUCACUUGCGCGGAAGAAAGGAUCGAUCAUCAAUCAAAAACGAGGUGGUGGUGUUUUUUUCAGUGUGGGCCGUUUUCUUCCUAGAUUGCGAGACUUUUACUUUUCUCUAAAAUCACAGAGAAAGUUCUGAUGUGUGUAUGGGUGAGGUCAAAGCGAUCUUCGGAGUGACGUUGGAGGGAUUUUACCGAGGCAUAGGGGAAAUGCACCGCCGGAGGGGCUCCCGGGGGAACCCAGAGUCCCCGGGGACGAUUCGGGCUGGGAAAGGUCUCAGUGGAGGCCCCCUCCGUCCCAGCGUCCCGGGGAGAAGCUAGGAAGGAGGCUGCACCUCAGUCUGCACUCGUGUCCCCGCGCUGUCGCCUGGUCCCGAGCAUCGCCAGCGCCCGCCCGCCAUGGACCUGGAGAGAUGAGGACACCCGAGCGCCCCGAGCCCCGCGCGCCCCCCGGGGCCAGGUACCUGUACCUGGAGGCCUUGCUGGAGGGAGGCGCUCCCUGGGGCUUUACCUUGAAAGGUGGCCUGGAGCACGGAGAACCGUUAAUCAUCUCCAAGAUUGAAGAAGGGGGCAAAGCUGACUUGGUGAGCUCCAAACUGCAAGCUGGGGACGAGGUCGUGCACAUCAAUGAGGUGGCUCUGAGCAGCUCCCGGAGGGAGGCUGUCUCCCUGGUAAAAGGAUCGUACAAGACGCUCAGGCUGGUAGUGCGCAGAGACGUGUGUGCGGACCCAGGCCAUGUGGGUCCUGGUGACUCCAGCCCGGAGCGCCUCACCGCAGGUCCCCAGCACAGGAAAGCAUCGUGGUCAGGAGGGGCGAAACUUCGGCUGAAGCACAGGCACAGCGAACCCGCAGGCCGCCCUCAUUCAUGGCACACAGCCACAUUUGAGGAGCACCAGUCGGAAGGCAGCAUGAUGAGGAUAUCUCAGGGCACGAUGGGGCCCCCCUGGCACCAAAGCUACCAUUCCAGCUCUUUGACAAGUGACUUCUCCAGUUACGACCAUGCUUAUCUGAGGCGGAGUCCUGACCGGUGCAGCUCCCAGGGGAGCAUGGAGAGCUUGGAGCCCAGUGGGGGCUACCCAGCCUGCCGUCUUCUCUCCCCUGCCAAGUCCACCAGCAGCAUUGACCAGCUCGGCCACCUCCAUAACAAGAGAGACUCGGCAUAUAGCUCCUUUUCCACCAGUUCUAGCAUCCUGGAAUACCCACCCCCUGGCAACGCUGGCCGAGAGCGCUCAGGAUCCAUGGACACUAUCACUGCCCGAGGUGGCCUCCUGGAAGGGAUGAGGCAAGCAGAUAUUCGCUAUGUCAAGACAGUCUAUGAUCCCCGGAGGGGAGUCUCAGCUGAGUAUGAGGUGAACUCUUCAGCUGUGCUGUUCCAGGGUAGGGAGUCCCAAGCCUCAGCAGAUACCCAGGACUGUAAUAAGUGGCAGAAUAUCCCUUGGGGCAAGGGAGCACCAUCCUCAUCCUGGAGCCAGCAGUGUCCCAGUUCCUUGGAGACGGCCACGGACAACUUGCCUCCUAGAGUGGGUGCACCCCUGCCCCCAGCUCGGAGCGACAGUUACGAAGCCUUUCGGCACCGUGAGCGGCCCAGCUCUUGGUCCAGCCUUGAUCAGAAACGAUUCUGCCGUCCCGUAGCACACUCUUCAGGCUCCCUGAAGGCUCCCUUUUUAGAGGAACAGUUGCACACUGUACUGGAGAGGAGUCCAGAGAACAGCCCUCCAGUGAAGCCCAAGCAUAACUAUACCCAGAAGACCCAGCCUGGUCAACCUCUGUUGCCUACUGGCAUCUACCCUGUCCCUUCCCUGGAGCCACACUUUGCCCAAGUGCCCCCGCCUUCUGUAAACAAUAAUGGAACACUUUAUCCUGCACUGGCCAAGGAGAGUGGAUACACAGCCCCUCAGAAAGCCUGCAGCAGGACGGCUGCCUUCGAUGAGAAUGGGAACCAGAAUGGAGGUAGCAGGCCUGGAUUUGCCUUCUACAAGCCCCUAGAACAUGGCUCACUGUCCCCAGUGGAGAGGAAACCAGAAACUACAGCCAAGUAUGUCCCUUACAAAGUCCAUUUUUCUUCAUUGCCUGAAAAUGAGGAUUCCUCCCAGAACAAUCAUUUUACACCUCCUCACGGCAACAGCCCACAUGGCAAUGACAGGAAGAGUGCUCCUAUCAACAAACUAUGUUCUACUAACCACAGCCUCAAAUCCUGUCAGGCUCAGGCCGGGCAGGUGGGUGAAGACAAGAGAUCUUCCAGGCUUUUGGAGCCAUGGGACUGUGAUAUCCAGGAAGACCACAAUGCCAACCUCUGGCAAAAGCCAGGGCAAGAAGGCAGCUUUAGCAAGACCAGGUCAGCCUUCUCAUCUCUCCAGAACAUUCCAGAGAGCUUUAGAAGGCAAAGCAACCUGGAGCUAAGCGGGGCAACCCAGGUAGGUUCCCCUGAUGGUAGGCCAACCUGUGUAGUCAAUACUAAGGUAGAAGUUCCAGAGAGGAAAGGUGACAACAGGGGCCAUUCGGACAGGCCAGUUUCGUACACAAGGCCUGACGGGAGAGCCAGUGUCAUGACUUCUGUGCACAGCUCAGAGCUCAGGGGUGACGAGCCACCGAGCCCAGCACAGGUUUCUGUCACGGCCACGAGGAGACUCAGUUCCGGCAGUACCUCUACCCUGCAGGCCUUUCCUUACGGGCAGUCCCGCUGCUCAGUGCUGGAGAAGGUUUCCAGGAUCGAGCAGCGAGAGCGCGGGGGUCACAGACCCCCGAGUGCAGGAGGCUCUGUUCUUGGCUAUCACUAUAGGCCCAGCGGGAAAGCCCCGAAUUCCGGUGCUCCUGGGAAUGACUUCCAGGAGACCGAAGCCAAGCCUGGUGUCCACUUCUCCGAGCCACGCGGUGAUGGCGAUGGUGAUGACAGGGAGCCCGAGUGGGAAGCAGCGGCCCGGCAGCCCCGUGGCCCAUGGCGGAGAGGACCCACGGAGCCCACAGCCCCUCGGAGGGAACGUGGCCCCUCGGGCCCAGAGCUGAAGCGGCUGCAGCAGAGUGCCCUGGCUGACUAUGUGUGGCGCAAGACCCGCGCGCGCCCGGGGCCUCCUGCAGGCAGCUUUCCAGCAGAGGCGCCCGUGGGGGCGCCCCGGGAUCCGGAUCGCAGCAGCUCCUUUGCAGGGCGCUUUCUGAGAGAGGACCUUCGGGCUCCCUGGGCCCCAGGGGAGCUGCUCUCUUCAGCUGUAGCACGCGGUGGGCCAAGAAACACCCCAGAUGGGGAUCACACCCUCGGAGGGCCACCUUCCCGGGGGGCUGCAGCAACCAAGUCUGCAUCAGCCGAAGACCUACUGGAGCGCUUGGAAGCCCAGGCGGUGCCUGUCCACGCGAGAUCCAGGUCCUCACCCACCGCAGACAAGAGGCACCAGGGUGUGCUCCUGGGGGAAGACAGUGGCUUUGGUCUUGUGAGGGACUCGUGUUACUUGGCUGGCCCUGGAUCCAGGUCACUCAGUUGUUUAGAAAGAGGCCAAGAAGAGAUGCCAUUGCUCAGCCACCGUCCUGCCCCUCACUGGAGUGGCUUAGGCGGCAGACCACCCUGUGGUUCCUCAGCUCCAAGUGACUGUCCUGGGGUCCCGGACCGUCAGGGGCAAGCCAGCAGAACACCGGGCCCCAGGACACUGCUCCUUGGAGAGGCCAGGGCCACACCUCCGACCCCACUUGGCUCUCCUCUGCCUUCUCCCAUUCCCUCUAACUGCUGCACGAAGCUGACCUCGGAUCAGAAGGCUGGGAGGGACAAUCAGGCAGGGCAGCAGCCUCUGCCCACCUUUACCCAUAUAGGGGCCCAGCUGCCCAGCCCAAGCAGCACCCCAGAGCCUGGGGGAGGAGAGAGAACAUGGAAGAGGCUCUCACUGCCUCAGCAGCAGCCGCCUCCUCCGGCGAAGUGGGCCCACGAGGCUCAGGAAGACGGCCUGUCCGAGGAGGCCUCAUUGCCGGAGUCCACAAACCCAAAGCACUGUAGGAAGCAUCUGAGCCUUCCUAGUGCACACAGCACUCUAGAACCAGGCCCUCUAGGGAGGGUCUCCCUGCGAAUAUCUGAGUCAGGCCUGCAAGCGUCCACCGUGCCUCAGGAGGAGUACGAGGAUGAUGUGUUUGUGAAGGACUCGCACCCCAAGGCUCCUUCCAGCCCGGAGUUUGAAGCUCUUCCUCCACCCCCACCUCCACUGAGCCAGGAAGCCCCCAUGACCAGCUCAGAUGAUUUUCCUCCACCUCCUUCCCAAGCUGAGUGUGAGGGGCUGCUGGCCAUGGAGGCUCCUGAGGGGUCGGGCCACAGCUCUGGCCAGUUUUCCAAGGUGGCAAUUGCAAAGGAAAGGCACACACUUGCUGCAGCCCAUUGGCUAGGCGGUCCAGCACCGCCUUCCAGACCCCAGACUUCUGUCCAAUGUUCAGAGGCCAACGAGUCCAGCGCACCUUUCUUCAGGAGUGUUCAGCCCCAACUGGCAGGGUCUCCUGGCAGGCAGCCGAGUUCAGGGCCACCCCUUCCCAGUCAAACCCAAAGCCUCAUCCAUGAGCUGCCUGGUGGAACUCAGAGUUUGGAGAAGAAAGUCAGUUCUGAUCCUCAGAAAACCUCCGAAGAUAUCAGAACAGAGGCUCUGGCCAAGGAAAUUGUGCACCAAGACAAAUCUCUGGCAGACAUUUUGGAUCCAGACUCCAGAAUGAAGACAACUAUGGACCUGAUGGAAGGUUUGUUUCCCCGAGAUCUUAACUUACUGAAGGAAGACAGCACGAAGAGGAAGGCCCUGCAGAGGACUGGGAGCUACCCAGGCUGUGAUGGCAAGAGGAGCGAAGACACAGCAGCGGCGGGCUUGCUGGUCAACUGCCCUGCCUACCACAGUGUGUCUGCUGCCAAGGCUGAGCUCCUGAACAGGAUCAAAGAGAUGCCGGAAGAGGCGAACGAGGGAGAGGAGCCGCUGGAUGUCAAUGAAAAAAAGGCUGAGCUCAUAGAAAGCCUCACCCACAAGCUCGAGACCCUCCAGGAAGCGAAGCAGAGUCUACUCAUGGACAUCAAGCUUAACAAUGCCUUGGGAGAGGAGGUGGAGGCUCUGAUCAGUGAGCUCUGCAAGCCCAAUGAGUUUGACAAAUACAAGAUGUUCAUAGGUGACCUGGACAAGGUGGUGAGCCUGCUGCUGUCCCUCUCGGGGCGCCUGGCCCGCGUUGAGAAUGUCCUCAGUGGCCUUGGCGAAGAUGCUAGUAAUGAAGAAAGGAGCUCUCUGAAUGAGAAGAGGAAGAUCCUGGCUGGACAGCAUGAGGAUGCCCGAGAGCUCAAGGAGAACCUGGAUCGGAGGGAGCGGGUUGUGCUAGACAUCCUGGCCAAUUACCUCUCCGAAGAACAACUCCAGGAUUACCAGCAUUUUGUGAAAAUGAAGUCAACGCUUCUCAUCGAGCAGCGAAAGCUGGAUGACAAGAUAAAGCUGGGCCAGGAGCAGGUGAAGUGUCUGCUGGAAAGCCUUCCCUCCGACUUCACUCCCAAGGUUGGGGCUCUCACUCUGCCCCCAGACCUCCCAGACCAGACAACUCCUCUUGGCAGAUGUACUUUCAGUCGUGUUUUUUCAACAGUAACCUCUCCACUUUAACCUCUUCUAAAAUACCCAGCCAAAAGAUCAUUGCUUCUCUCAACACUAUUUAAUCUGGAAAAAAAAAAUUUUUUUUUUACUGCAAACCACCAUUCAAAUUGUGUCGGUUAUGGGAUUUUCCUGGACAAAAAGAAAACAGUUCUGUCCAGGAAGAAGCCUGCUUUUCCUUCUUGCCCUUCAUGAUUGAUCUGAGAACUCAAAUGCUGCUGGAAACUUACCCCUUUCUGUUCUUUGCAGUAGAAAGCAAGUUAAUGACACUGAGAACUGAUUGGAGUUUAGAUUUUAACAGGCAAGGCAGCGUGGGUCAGUGUGUGUCACCCUCAGGAAUGUACCCACAGUGGCCUUCCCUGCUGGUGGGCAGUAUAUCCUGAUAGUGAGAUGCAAGUAUCAUUAAUGAAGGGUCUACAACCUAAAGCCUUAACAAGACAACACACUGAGAAGAAAACUGUAAAACCUUGAACACUGUUAUUUAUAUUUUUAAAAAUGAAAAAGAUCAUUAUGUUUGUGUGCUAACCACUUACUUGAUUCUGUUUUGUGGUGGACUUAGACGAUUAUGUUUGAGCUUUGUAUUUUGUGAAAACCUUAAUGAAGAAUUCCAAAGAUAGUCACACUGAGUG